AUGGAGGGGAGGUGGUGGGGAGCAGGGGGCUCAGACACAGGCCAGCCACAGACACAUGGAGGGUGGGGGAACAUCCGCUGCACCAAGGAAGGGGUGAGCGGCGAGAUGAGGAUCAGUGAGCAGCCUUCGGAUUGUCUGGAGGGGAGGGGCCAGAUGCUCCACCACGCCCUUCCCUACUCUGUGGCGCCGCCCCUGCAAAUGGGUUCAGCCGCUGGGGGAGGCCACCCCCACCUCCACCCCCACCACCACCCUCACCCGCAUCCGGGUGGGUUCCACUGCCUUCAGCUCCACCCCAGCCAUCCCCACCACCCCCACACACACCACCACCCGGACUUCUUCUGCCCGCCUCCACCUGCCCCUCUAACCAACCCCUCGCCGCACGAGAGGGGAGGGGGAGGGGGGCGAGACACCAAAGUGACAGGGGCCACGUUCAUACCAUCUGUAGGGGGAGGACACCUGGGGGACAAGUCCAGCGGGCAACCCUUCCAGAUGGGCACCCCACCCGACUGCCAGGGGUUGGUGGGUGGGGGCGGCAGUGCCAAGGACAAGGCCAUGGAGAAGAGUAACUGGCACAGGAAACAGCAGCAGCAGCUGUACAGAAAGGCUGAGAAGACCCCGGACUGGAUGCAGCAGCAGAGUCACCACCCCCAACAACCCCAUCCCCAACAACCCCUUCCCCAGCAGCCCCAGGCCCAACAGCCCCAGCCCCAACAAACCCAGCCCCAACAGCCCCAGACCCAACAACCCCAGACCCAACAACCCCUUCCCCAGCAGCCCCAGACCCAGCAGCACCAAGCCGUGCGUUCUCGCAGCGUCGAAUGCAUCAAUAGCGUGGGAGUGGACACCACCGAUGUGUUCCGGCCCUCUCUUCCCCAGGGAGCCAAGGCCGGACACUCCCUCCCCCACUCAGUCAACACCUCCCCCUACAGAGACUGCUCCCUCCCGGGCCCCCUGCCCAACGCCUCACCCCUGGGGGGUCGAGGAGGUGCAGGCGGUGGUGCUGGAGGUGGGAGUUGUUCCUUACAGAGAGAUGGUCAGAAGGUGGCCCGUAUUCGCCACCAGCAGCACGGUGGUCCUGGCCCGGACGCCCCAGUAGCAGAGCUGAACCAGAACAACAAACAGAACCAGGACCUGAACAGGAAGCUGGAGAUGUCCCCGUACGGCUACAGCAACAGUGGGCAGGGACAGCAGCAUCACCCCCAGCAGCCCCCGGUUCCUCCCUGGGCCAUGAGGCCUCACCACGUCCACCCUGCAGAGGAGGAGCAGCAGCGGAAGGCCUACAUGGAGUCUCUCAGUGGUGGCAGACAACAGCCCCAGCAACAACCAGGGCAAGGUAUGGGCCUGCCUCCUCAUCCUUCUCCCCAGCCCCAGCCACCUCCACCCCCAGCCCCCUCUCAGCAGCAGCAAGACCCCCAGGUCGCCUCACAGGCCCAGGAGGAGAGCAGUGCCAUGAAGAGCCUGCUGAAGUACAGCACCCAGCAGCCCCUGCUCCUCUCCCAGAAGAGUCCCUUCGGAGGCCUGGGGAGCCUCAAAUCCGCUGGUCUUGGGGGUCCUGGAGGUGGAGCCCCCGGGGUUAGCUGCACCCUGCAAGGCAGCAAACAACAACAGGCCCUGCCCACCAGGAAGGGCCCGGCCCAUGACGGCGAGCGCUCUGACUGUGGGGGGCGUGGCCGGGAGGUGGGCGAGGCGGUGGGUCACGGUGAGGGAGAGGUGCGCCAACCGCCUGUGGGCAUCGCAGUCGCCGUGGCGAGGCAGAGGGAACCGUCCUGUCGCCCGGUGGACGCCCACCCCAACAGCCGGCAGGGGCGGGUGCACCCCUCCAUGAAAG